AUUUUUCCUAUUCUCUGAUUACUGUUCGAAACAGAUAAAGUUUAUCAGGCCAAAUAGCUUACUUGUUCUGACUUUGGCUAAAGCAAGACUCUGUAUUCGACAGUUUAGAGAAUAGCUUAGUUAACCUGUAGGAAAUUGUUUCCUACAAAGUUUCGAACAGUAAUUUUCAAUAUACCUACUGAAAUGACCUCCAUUAAAUACUACGAUUCCGAUGAGAUUCCAGAGUUAUCACCCCAUCAUUUGGGAGUUUAUGACGAGGAUCAACUUGAAAAGAACGAACCCAAAGACAAUAGUAUGAUAGAACUAGAGUUAGCUAGGUUACGCAUAACCCAGUUAGAAAAGGAAAUUGAACUAGAAAAGUUACGUCGCCAGGGAUGUGAAGGUUCUGGCCAAUCAGUAAGCAACAGUGAGAAUACAAUAUUAAAAAACCUGUAUUUACCAAAAAGAGAAGUCUUAAGAUUUGAUGGUACACCGACAAAUUAUUGGAAUUUCAUUAGAAAUUUCGAAGAAUGCAUUGGGAAUGAGAGUAUUGGAUUUAGAGCUAAGCUAAAUUACUUGAUUCAAUAUUGCGACGGAGAAGCGAAAGCCGCUAUCCUUCAUUGUACUAUACUAGAACCAGAGAUAGGUUAUCGUCAAGCCCUAAAACUUUUAGAGGAAACGUUUGGCCAAAAACACGUUAUAGCACGCACGUUUAUCGACAACUUGCUAAACUUUCCCAUUAUAAGAAGGAAUCAACCAGAUGGUUUGAGAAGACUGUCUCGAGAAAUGCAAGCAUGUGGUUUGACUCUCGAACAGAUGAAUUACGUUUCUGAUUUGAACUCUUCUAGAACUAUCGAAACUAUGGUUCUGAAAUUACCAACGCACAUUCAACAAGAAUGGCUAAAGGUAGCUUAUAAGAUUAUCAGAGGAGGUCGAGAGCCUGUGUUUGCCGAUCUUGUUGAGUUUGUAAAGGAACAAGCUGAUAUAGCUAAUACUAGAUACGGCCUACUUGUCAAUCGCGGUAGUAAUAGUGACAAUAGAGAUGUUGGUGUUUUAAAAGGGAGAAUUAGCGGAGAUUACAAUGCAGCAAGGAUAUCUUACGCGAGUACUAGUGAUGACAAUGUUGUCUUACGUAGUUUGUCCUGUUUGGAGUGCUCAAGUAAUCAUUCUUUAGAUCAAUGUCAAAAGUUUAAAGACAAGAAUGUUAGAGAAAGGAAAGAAUUCGUCCUUAGACACAAGUUAUGUAAUGUUUGUCUGAAGGCAAACCACGUAGCGAAAAAUUGUCGAUCACCGAAGUCGUGUGAUGUUGAAGGGUGCGGCUGGAGACACCAUACUCUGUUACACGAGAAGCAGGAAGAACAAAGAAAUACUAAUGGUGAUGCCUGCAUUAAUACUCAGCUUUGUACGGAGGAAGGCGUUAAGUGUAUACAGAGACCAGUAGCAUUUGCAGUAGUGCCUGUGUGGAUAAAAAAUGGUGAGAAGAUUAUUCAGACUUGCGCCUUUUAGAUAGCGGGUCAGACACCUCCCUCAUAGUUGGUGAUCUAGCUGAUAAGUUAGGCCUCGAAGGGAAACCGAAAACGGUAUCUUUAAAGACUCUUAGUGAUGAAUCGUCGUUGGUAUCCAAAGAAGUCGAUAUAGAGUUGCACUCGAUGGAUUUUUCUUCAUCCGUUAAGGUCCAGAAAGUAUUGACAGUCAACAAAUUGCCGGCAGUUUACAGGACUGUACCAACGGCGCAUCAAAUGGCAUCCUGGCCCCAUCUAAAAGACAUAAGUUUUCCGAGAGUAGAAGAUGAGAACGUCAAACUGUUGAUUGGGUGCAAUGCACCGGGCAUACAUGAGAUGAAAGAGAUAAGAACCGGAAAGACGAAUGAACCGUCUGCUGUGAGGACUAUAUUGGGUUGGACGCUGUUCGGCUCUUACAGAGAACCCCGUGCAAGCAACUGUGUACCGAAUUACCUCUCGGCUAAGGAGGAAUUAGAAGAUAAGUUUGAACAAUUGCAUUCAACUGAAUUCAAAGACCCAUUUAGUCGUACUUCAUCGAUAUCUGUGGAAGAUCGCAUAGCGUCACCAGAAUCGUACAAACCACUGGCUAGUCAGACUCAUUGCUCCACCGAUGCCUCAGAAUCUGCAUGUGGUGUUGCGGAGUAUGCUCGUUCCGAAAAUGUCUCUCGUCAAGUUCAUUGCUCCUUUUUAUUAAGCAAGUACAAGGUUUUUAAGCCAAAAAGUGAAGCACUAUGUGCUAAUAAACCCGAAUCAACUCUAGGAAAGCCUAAGGAAGAGACGGACACCAAACUGAAAGUCAAGACUACAAAAAGACCGAAGGCCACUGUAACAAAGAAACCAGUAACUAAGACUCUGAAGAAGCAUACAGCACAUAUUCGCCGUGGUAUCGAGGAUGGUGUCGAGAAAGGCGCUCUUGUACGAGUUGUGAAUAAGACUAAGGGUUCAUCUGGUAGCUUUACAGGAACCAAUACUAUUCUCAGACAGAUCAAGUGUAGUUGCAAUCAGAAUAAGAUAGCAAAUGUCCUUUUUGAGAGAGGUUGUGGUGUGCGGGAACACAUCAUAAGAUCAAUUAAAAGAAUUCCAAGAGUGCCUUUAUUUCAAAACGUGUUGAUCGAUGGAGCUCUACAAACGUUCUUGACCGAGGCAGGAAGGAUACUAAAUAAUAGACCUCUAGUUAAAAUGACAGACGAUCCAGUUAUCCUAGAGGCUCUUACUUGGAAUAAGUUGUUGAUUUAUAAAGGAUUAUCAUUCGACGGUGCUUCGGUGGAUAAGACGUUAUUAUAUAAUAAAAGAUGGAAAGAAGCUCAAAGAUUAGCUACCGCAUUCUGGAAUAGACGGAUGAGAGAAUAUUUACCGACUCUCCAAACAAGAGACAAAUGGUUGAACGUACACAAAAACUUACAACCGGGUGGCCCAGUUCUUGUUAGUAGCGUCGAAACGAGUAGAGGUCUAUGGCCUAAAGCUAUUGUUGAACAAGUAAGCUAUGGUUCUGACGGUCGAGUUCGUACGGCGAAGUUGAGAACCGCAAACGAAGAAAUUGUUCGAGACGUACGAAGCUUAUAUCUACUAGAAAAAGCCGGCUAUCUAUGGCGACGACGACCCAGAACAAUGGACGUGGUGCGCGUUUCGGGGGGAGUGUAAAAUGUGAUCGAUAAAUGAACACACCAAUGAUAAGGUGAAACGCCCACCACCACGUUAACUUUCUUUGACCUUGUAUGACUAUACCUUUUUCUAUCCACCAAUCAUAAUUUUAUGUUCAUUAUGAAACAAUAUUCGCUUUGUUGACUCAUUUUUCCUAUUCUCUGAUUACUGUUCGGUACGUUAAUCAUGUCUCUGUUUUCCCUACGUUAAUAGACUGUACUGUUUAUUUUGUAUACUAACGGUGUGUAAUUUAUUGUUUUAGAAACAGAUAAAGUUUAUCAGGCC